AUGAAGGGAUACGCUUUUCUCUCGGCCAUUGCCGGCCUCAGCGCCGUCAUGGCCACUCCCACGCCAUCCAAGAACAGCCCUCCGUCCAAGCGAGCCUCGCUGCCCGUCGUUUCGGCUUCUGGAAAUGCUUUCUGGGCCGAUGGCAAGCGCUUCUAUCUUCGCGGCAUCGACUACCAGCCUGGUGGUUCUUCGGGCACCUCGGAUCCCUUGGCUGAUUCCAAAACCUGUGAGCGAGACAUCAAGAACUUCAAGGACCUUGGCGUCAAUGUUAUUCGUGUCUAUGCUGUCGACAACUCCAAGAACCAUGACGACUGCAUGAACGCUCUCGCCGACGCUGGCAUCUACCUGGUCCUUGACGUCAACAACCCGGGCUACUCCAUCAACCGCUCUAAGCCCGGACCUUCCUACAACACCAUGUACCUUCAGAGCGUUUUUGCCACCGUUGAGAUGUUUGCCAAGUAUGACAACACACUGGCCUUCUUCUCCGGUAACGAAGUCAUCAACGACGAGCCCGGAACUGAUGCAUGCGCCCCCUACAUCAAGGCUGUCACUCGUGACAUGAAGAACUACAUGAACUCUCGUGGACUGCGCAAGGUUCCAGUUGGAUACUCUGCCGCUGAUGUUUCUUCAAACCGCUUGCAGACAGCAAUGUACAUGAACUGCGGUAGCGACGAUGAGCGAUCCGACUUCUUCGCCUUCAACGACUACUCGUGGUGCAACAGCGACUUCAAGACCUCUGGCUGGGACCAAAAGGUUAAGACCUUUACCGACUACGGAAUUCCUAUCUUCUUGUCCGAGUGGGGCUGCAUCAAGAACCGCCCUCGCAAGUUCGAAGAGCUGUCUGCCCUCAUGAGCUCACAAAUGAGCGCCGUCUACUCUGGUGGUAUCAUGUAUGAAUACUCCAAGGAGGACAAUGACUACGGAAUUGUUACUAUUGAUGGCGACUCUGUUUCCAAGUCGGAUGAGUACGAUCUCUUCAAGAAGGCCCUGGCUGCUAACCCUACUCCUACUGGUUCCGGUGGCGCUGCCAGCUCUAGCAAGGCUGCUCAGUGCCCGCCCAAGGCCUCUGGAUGGAACGUUGACCCCAGCUUGGUCCCCGAAAUGCCUUCUCAGGCCAACAAGUACAUGAAGAAGGGUGCCGGCAGUGGCCCUGGCCUUGGUGGCGAUGGAUCUCAGAAUGCUGCCGAUAGCGGUACUGCCACAGCUAGUGCUACAGCAGGCACGGCAUCCCCAACAAGCUCAGGUGGCGCUGCGUCUGAAACCGAAUCUGACAGUGCUGCUGCUUCUCUCUUGCUCGGCCCCAUGGACAAGGCGCCAUUCAUCGUGUCUGGUUUGGCCAUGGUGUUUACCCUGUUCGGAACUCUUCUCCUGUAA